AUGACAACAAGUGCUGCUUCUGCCACAACGUCAGCAUCGUCUGCUGCCCCAGCAGGCAUAGAUACAACACCACAAGAAGAUACUCCUCGUGAUGUACGUCUAUUACAUUUAUUGCUGGCAUCGCAAGCUAUCCAUCAAUAUGAAGAUCAGGUACCUUUACAACUAAUGGAUUUUGCUUAUAGAUAUACGCGUGGUGUAUUGAAGGACGCUAUGAUGUAUAACGAUUAUAUGGGUGCUAAUUUACAUGUAGAGAAUAAUAGUUCUACCAAUACAACGACGGCGACAACGACGACAUCGACAAAUAACAACAAUAAUAAUGCAUCAAGUGCAUCGAAUGAUGGGAAUGAUACACAGGGCCAUGACUCUGGGAAGAAAGGGAAGAAGGGUUUGACUGUAGAAGACAUACGGUUAGCCAUUGCAGCAAGAACUCAAUAUCAAUUUAAGCCUACUGCUCCAAAGGAAUUGAUGUUACAAUUGGCCGCAGAUAGAAAUAAAAAAGCUUUACCUCAAGUGAUGGGGUCAUGGGGUAUUAGACUGCCGCCUGAAAAGUAUUGUUUAACUGCAAAGGAAUGGGAUAAUGAUGAUAACCAUUCAUCAUCAAAUUAA